AUCGAUGUGCAGGGCACUUCCUCGAGUAUCUUUCGCCAGCACCAGCCCUCUACGGCGCAAGACACUUGUGUGCUAUAGUGUCACAGCCAUCCUUUUGUAUCCGUCGCCGAUGCAAAGUCUCUUUGUCAUCCCGGCCGUGGCCGCUAUCCGCUAGUCGACGGUCAUGCAUGUCAUUCCUCAAUUCGCUUCCUCACUCGCAUCGAAACGAAUUGCCAUUAGAACUUCAUCGGCAAUGGUGUGCACGUCGUAUAUGAGCGUCGUCGCAAUGCUAGCGGCACUUGCUACUGGCGUGGUGGACGCCACCUUGCCCGGAAUCUGCUACGCGCCCUGGCACCACGACACCGUGACCAGCGACGUGCUGGCCACCGACAUGGCUCAGAUUGCCCAGUAUUUCACGGCGUUCCGAUCCUUCCAGGCGCAGUACAGCGGCAUUAAUGUGAUCGAGACGGCGGCCAACGCAGGCCUCAAGGUGGCCGUCGGUGUGCAGCUCACUGACUCGUCGGCUAUUGACUCGGAGAUUCAGGCCGUGUGCGACGGCUACUCGUCAUACCCGGACGCCAUCGAGGCCGUGUACGUCGGUAACGAGGACCUGGUGAACGGUGACUUUGGUACAUUCAGUGCCGACACUCUGGCCGGCUACAUCUCGCAAGUGAAGGAGUGCACGAGCAACGCUGUACCCGUCGGCUCUGUCCAGCGCAUUAACGAGUGGCUGAACGCCGACGACGCCUCCACGCUAGCCGCUGCUUGCGAUGUCAUCGGCGUUAACAUCUACCCGUUCUUCACCCAGGGCGACGACACGGCAGUGUCCAAGCUCGAGACUCAGUGGGCGCAGAUGCUGGCUGCCGGCUAUGAUGAGAGCACCAUGCAUUUGACUGAAACGGGCUGGCCGUACGAGGGCGACGACUACGAGGGCAACUCGCCGUCGUACGAUGGAAUGCAGCAGUACCUGAACGACUGGGCUACUUGGUCCUCGGGCGUGCAGUCGAGCUACUGGUUCAUGAUGUACGACACCACCACGAGCUACACGGGCGCCAACUACGAGACCCACUUCGGUAUCUUUGGCGACGAUAUGGUCGCUCACGUGACCAUCCCGGGCGGCAGCAGCAGCGCCAGCUCCACCACGACGUCGACGGCCGCUUCCACCAGCGAAGACACCACGCAACAGACCACGCAGAGCUCGGCUUCGACUACCACGGACGACUCGACUCAGCAGACCACGCAGAGCUCGACUACGGCGGAUGACUCAACACAGCAGACCACGUCGUACAUCGACGACACAGCCUCGGAGGAGACCGAGACGGCCACUCCCGCGCCGACCACCUCGGAGGAUGUCGGUGCCUCGGAGGAAGAGGACACGACGACGACCACGACGACCACGGACAGCCCGACGGUGACCCCGGCCGCUACGACGGCCACGACGACGACCGCCAACUGCGCCAUGUAAGACGCGUUGGCAUUCCUUGACGUCUCUUGGCAAGACCCUUCUGGAUCUGAAUUUUGAAAAGGAGACUUUGGAUGGAUCGAAUGUGCGGAACUUCCACUGAUAAUAUCCACUGAUGUGAUAGAUUUCUAUGCUUCUCACCUUAUCGCACAUCGUUGAUUUGUAUGAAUACGUUUACGUCA